AUGUCAGAAUAUUUAAAAAAUAACAAACCACAAUUUCCAGAAAGAUCAUAUGGGUUACGAGUUUUAGAUUAUCUUAGGACUGGACAUCCAUUUAUUGAAACAUAUGCCUUCUUUUUUUGUAUUCUUUAUAUAACUUGUGCGAUGAUAUUCAUUUCACUAGCGUGGAACAUUGAUUGUAUCAUCUAUGGCAUAAUUUUAAAACCUUUGUUAUCCAACGACACUGAUAAAAAUAAAGAUAAACCCAGAAAACAACGAGAAAAUUCAAAAUCUUUUAAAACAAUCAUCAAAGAAUGGUUAAUCAUUUCAAUAUUCUAUACAAAACCUCUAAUGGGUAACCCAUACUUUUCAACAAGUCCUCGAGAUCUAUGGUCCAAUCAAUGGCAUCAAACCUUUAAUCAAACUUUUCAAGAACUUGGAUACCUUCCUGUCAAAAAUUAUUUUAAACGCAACAAAACCCUUGGGCGCGCACUUGGAAUAUGUGCUGCUUUUUUGAUAAGUGGAGUACUUCAUGAUUAUAUAGCAAUAGUGUCUUUUAAUCAUUUUUCGAUAGAUUUUACAAUUUUUUUCUUAUUACAUGGAAUACUUUUGGUUUUGUGGGAAGCUGUUGAAGGUGAUAUUUUAGGAAGAGGAAAAGAUUUUAAAGAUA